CUCCUUUGUAUGACUCCCACUACUGCCCCCAGUAUAUUAAUAAAAAACCAAUUACUAUUAUUUUUCUUCUACUUCCUAUUAUUUCAUGUCAUUGAAUCAACAUGGAUACCAUUAGAUCUGGAAUCUCAUUUCAACCAUCGUGCUUUUGGUCAAGAUGCCAAUGUCGAUGGUCUUGGACAACACUAUAUACCCAAACAGAAUGAACCUAAACAAUUGAUGGUAGGUGUGCCUUUCAAGAAUGCCAUUGACGGGAUUCAAAACGACAAUAUAUGUAUCCAAGGGACCGAUCAAUCAUGGAUUCAAUUAUCACAACAACAAUCAAUGGGUGCGCUUUAUCUCUUGGUAUCCUCUUCUCAUGGUCCCGUAGUGACUGAUAUCCAGGUCAAAUAUCAAGAUGAUUCCGUUUCCGUGUCUCGUUUGGUCAUCCCUGAUUGGCAACAAGAACAAGAUCCUCAUCAAGUGGAAAAAUGGGAGAUGAUCACUCGUCCUGUUUCCAACUCUCAACAACUUGGUGGACUUUAUUCCAUACCAGUGUACCUUGAUCCGGCCAAAACUCCAAUUUCUUUGAUGAUCACCAUUCCAUCCGUCCUUUCCACUUCCUCUUUUUCCCGGGGUAAUAAUGGUAAUAUUCAGAAAGAAACAAAAACAACAACUACGACAGGACUAUUUGCACCUUCCAUUCAUGUGUUUGCCGCCACCGUCAUGACAAGUACAAACGCAUUACAGAUGACGGCCGCACGUGCUACUCGACGUUUUUGGAAUCAAGAUGCAGCUUUGAUCCCGGUAUUAUUAGUCCGUCUUCACAACAUUGGUCCUUUGGCUAUGAUGACACCUAUUUCCGUGACAGCUACAAGUCGUUCUAUCCGAACUAUUCAUCCUGGUUCACUUGAUCAUUUGGCUCCUGGACAUGUUGCUUCUUUGGAUAUUGGUAUUGAAGUGGCUCCUAUGAAUGAUGAUAUGGAUAAUAUACGUAUUCAAGUCAUCACAGCAGAUAAGAUCAUUUUGGACGAAACGAUUCAACUCUCAUUAUCACUUUAUCAUUCUGAACCUUAUGAACCAACCAAAACCUCAUUACAACAACAUCAGGCGCCAACGUGGUAUCAACAAGCUAAAUUUGGGAUUUUUAUUCAUUGGGGUUUAUAUAGUAUACCGGCAUGGGCACCGGUCGGCAAGGAAUAUGCUGAAUGGUAUUGGUGGCAAAUGAAUCAUCCCGACGACCCUACUUUUGAUCAUCAUCGUCAACGUUUUGGAACAGCCUUUGCUUAUGAUGAUUUUAUUCCAAUGUGGCAACCUACAUCUUUUGAUCCUCGUACUUGGUUGGAUUUGAUUAAUACGUCAAGAGCCAAAUAUUUUGUGUUCACUGCUAAACAUCAUGAUGGGUUUGCUUUAUUUGAUACCAAAGUAACAAAUAGGUCAUCGGUCCAACUGCAACCUCAUCGUGAUUUUGUUCAUGAUUUGAUCAAUACUUCGAAAGAAUACUAUCCACAUCUGAAACGAGGCAUUUACUGCAAGUCAAAAGAACAAGAACAAAGAUCAUUCUCCAUGCCAGAAUGGUAUCAUCCAAGUUAUCAUGACAAUGAUCUUUCUGAUUGGCACGGUCCUCCUUUUAAUCCAUAUACCAAGCAAGAGAUCCCUUACACUGGUAGUCCUCCCAUUCAUGAUUUUGUAAAUGAAUUGCAACUACCUCAGCUAGAAGAAUUGGUCAACAAUUAUGAACCUGAUAUAAUUUGGUGUGAUAUUGGUGGGAUCAAUAAUUCAUCCAUGUGGCAAGCGAAAUAUUAUAAUCAGGCAACAAAACAAAAUCGUCAAGUCACUAUCAAUGAUCGUUGUGGGAAUGGGAUUUCUGAUUUUACGACUUUGGAAUAUCAAGAAACAUCGACUCCUCCUCCAAGAUCUUGGGAAGCUACAAGAGGUAUUGAUCCACGAUCAUUUGGAUUUAAUCAAGCUACGCCACCUGAAGAUUAUGCAAGCAGCACACAGUUGAUCCAUGAACUAAUAGAUGCAGCAUCGAUGGGUGGAAACUUUUUAUUGAACAUUGGACCGACAUCUACAGGUGAUAUUUUUCAUACGAUGGUGGAAAGAUUGCAUGAUAUAGGUGCUUGGUUGGAUCAAAAUGGAAUCAGUAUAUUCGAUGCAGAUCCUUAUUGGAUGACCACUCAAGACAAGGAUGUUAGGUUUAUGAUGGGUCAUCAAGGUAGUUUAUUUUAUAUCAUUGUAUUGGACCGAUCUGUCUUUAUCCAGAACAACAACAACAAGGACAACCACCUGAUGCUCAGAACACCACUUCCUUUACAAUCAUCAAGUACAAUCACUUUACUGAAUGGUCAAAACAACACGGCUUCUUUACCAUGGACGACUGCCCUUGAACAACAGAUCACUGUUUCCAUCAUCAACGAUAUUCCGAAUAUUCUAUUGGAUCAAAAUCAACAUGCCUGGGUGUUCAAGUGUAUUCUAUAG